GCGAAUUUAGCAGGCGGACACGGAAGUUAGAAGCUCAAUUCCGGUUUAAAAAUAUAUAAACACAGUUGGCGGUAAAAAUGGCAACCGUGGAGACUGAAAGCUCGUCUAGUGAUGAGACAAACCAAGAAUACAGAGUUCAGAUAAGGUCGAAGAAACAAGUCGUCGGGCAGAUGAAUAAAUACAAAGACAUUCUGAAGUCGGCUCUCCGAGGACAGACGGAAAUUACCGAGGACACGAAGCGAGUUUUACUGGAGGAGCUGCUGGCGAACUUUGAGGCGGCAGUUCAGGAGAACGUGUUGGUGAAUGGACAUCCCUGGGAGGAGGCGCCUGAUGUUGAAGAGGAUGAGGACGUCGAUCUGGGAAGCCUCCUGGAUGACACCAUCGUUGAGACCACCAGGAGGCGCCGUACGUACCCGAGACAGAUCCUUCCACAUGUGGUCCAUUCCCUCAAGGCUGAACGGAAACUCAUGGGGCUGUAUGAACAUGCAGUCAAACCUCAAGAGGUGUUCAAAGACCCUGAUCAAGAGAGCAUCAUGGGUGAUUUGUCAGCAGCAGCUCCUGGGAUGGUGAAACAGGCCAUCCAGGUUAUCAAGUCGAUCAACACUCUGCAGAAACAAGCUGAAGGCCUCUGCGAGAUCCUCAACAUGAAGCCGAGUCACGCCACUCUGGAGAUCCACAGGGAAGUGUUCGGCUACAACGGCCAAUCGGACGCUCCGCUGCCCGCCGCGGGAGCUGCGGAAAGGAACAAGCAGCCAAUCAAGAGAGCCGUGGAAGAGGCGGCGGCCACAGACUGCUACGUGCCCCUCGCCAAGAAACCAGACUGCCCCGCGGGAGAGGGUGAACCGGAGUGACGCUUCCUGCGGCCGUCACCGCAGAAGAAGAUGAUGGUGUGAUGUCAUGAACUAACAAGUUUGUUUUUACCCAGUUUUAUUGCUCAGCUGUUUAAAUAACUGGCAGCAGUGGAGAAACAGGAUAUGACUCAUUGUAAAUAUGUCUGCUUCAGGUUCUAUGUCUUAUAUUUCUACUUCUGGGAAACCAUAAGAGGGCGCUGUUCUCCUCCUGAUGAAACAAACAUAAAACUGGUUGUUUGCUCCUCCAUUUGCAAAAAGUGUCUGACUGAUUGAACCUCUGAGCAGACGACUCUCUUAUUGAUUAUCUUAUUACACAUGGAAGUAAAUCACCGUUAAUGUGACAGUAACAGAACUACAGUGAAUCAGAUGAAACCCCAAACGUGACUUGACUCCUGCUCAUUCUGUUCAUGUUUUCUCAUUCCCCUUUUUAAACAUUGGUUCACAUUUGUCAGUUUAUGGUCAAUUUAAAGCUCCUCCAGUGUAAAGGUCUGUGUCCAUGUGUAGUGUGAUUAUAGAUCAGCUCUAGCUUCUAUAUUAAUACUGUGAAAGUAUCAAAGCCUCAGUCCACAGAGAAAUGCACACAGCCUGUAUUCAGAAACUGAGCCUUAAAACCAGCCGUCAGGACUUCUGGAACUUUGUGAUGUCACAACAAAGCAGUCACCAAGCCCCGCCCACCUGGACCCACCAUCCAAACCUUGCAGGAUUUGAGUGUUUUUACAGCAGACGACACUGAAGUUUUAUUUUGAAGGGUCAGUUAGUAUCUCAACCCCCAAAUUCAAGUUACACGUUGACUAGAAUCAACUUACCCGGGAUCUGGGUGAUGAUGAUGCUUGAGCUUUUGUUUACAUGAACAUUUAGACUUGUCACAGUAGGAAGAGUUGGCUGCUGAUCCCUGGGUUGGUGGUUCGAUUCCUGGUUCCCCCAAAACCGGUUCCAUCAGGAAGGACUUCAACACUUCAAAUAAAACACAGGAGAAGAAGAAAACAUGGAGCUUUAAGAACUUGUAAAUAUGUUUACUGGUAAUAAAACCUUUUUUCCUCCUACA